AUGUUCAUCCUCUUCGAUAAGGCUAGGGAUUCGCUGCUUAAGGGGUUGUAUCUUAUCCUCGAAGGUCUUUUUGUCUUCGGAGCUCCGAAUUUCUGGCCAAGAGCGGACAUUCGAGCAAGUCUGAGCGGCGACAGUAUCGGAAACGCGCAGUUUCAGUCGGAGUGUCUUGUCAUCUACGCCAUCUCAAGUGUUGAAGUUGAACUUCAGGCUUUUUGCAGCUCGCAUCCCUACAAAGUAUUUAAGGACAUUGUCAACGGACCAGAUCUCUUAGCAAUGGCCAUGGUGGAACAGGCGAAAACAACACCACCAACUCAGGAGCAUCCUUACCCACCCGUAGCACCUUACGCGCACCAGCCAUACAAUGGGGCCGGAUAUCCGCCCCCUGGUCCACCAGGAUAUCCUCCACCGUUCUUCCCGUAUCCACCUCCGCCUGAUGGAAGCCACGGUGAAACUGGCCACAAUGGUGCACCUCCUGCACCCUACGUGAUGUUCGGCCCACCGCCUGGGAUGAUGUACGCAUAUCCACCACCCCAGCAAGGACAGCCUUAUCCACCACAACCGACAAGUUCGGCCCCUAGUGUUACAUCCCGUGCCAAGCGGAAGCAAGUGAAAAUGGCUUGUACCAACUGUGCUGCGGCGUGCAAGCGCUGUGACGAAAACCGCCCUUGUGACCGGUGCCAGAAGUACAGUAUCUCUGACACUUGUGUGGAUGGGCAGAGAAAGGAAAGGAAAAAGGGAGUCAAGCGGGGUCCCUAUAAACGCAAAAACAAAGGAGAUUCCGAUGGUUCUUCACCGUAUCCAGGUGAAUGGCCAGCCGGCUCACAUCCACCCACGGCGGCAACCACUGCGGCCGCCCUCCACGCUGUCACUUCAUACGCCCACCCUCCUGAGGGCUAUUAUCCCGUUUUCUACCCUCCUGGUGGGGCCUUCAUGCCACAACCCCCACAUGAUGGACAACCAAAUCCUGAUGGGUCACCCCCACAUGCUGCUCAACCUCCCAUGAUGCCGUAUUAUCUUCACCCAGCUGCAUACCCCCCUUUCCACCCAUAUCCUCCCAUGUACCCUCCGCCGCCCCCGGGGGCUCAGCAGCACCCACUACACCAGCAGCCAGCCCCACCACCAGAACAACAACAACCCCCGCAAACGAUUAAUCCUACUGAGGCUGGGAAGAAGCCUGAUGACCUUCCCAACAACGGAGUUACAUCUGGUGGCGAAGGAGCGCCCACCCAAACAAGAAAACGCCCCAGGGCGUCAAAAACAGGAGAGCCUAGGGCUAAGAAAUCUAAGACUGUAACGGCCACUUCGGCAAAGGAUGGAGAAAGCGAGAUAGCUGCCGCUGGGGUGGAGGAAGAUGGUGGUGCCGCCGCCGCCGCCACCGCCGCAUAA